AUGCGCUCUGCUGCCUUUGUGGCGGGGAAGAAUAAGAGUGUGCCGGCUGAGCGGGUAAAUCCUUUCGUUGAUAACUCACUGGAGCAUGUGUCUUUUGUCUGCCGCUCGGAGGCCGUUGCGAUGCAGAGGGUGCGGCGGUUUUGUAACGAGCUGCCAGAGGUGUUAUGCGGUCGUUCGUGUGCCCUUUUCGAAGCAGUAGCCUUCUUUAACUCACGGUACGUCGAAGCAACGUCUCAAUGUGUGCUGCGGUUUUCAAAGAACCUUCCCAUAAUCGUCAGCCGAGUUGUGAAGAAUCGGAAGAAGUACGUGCGUUACACGCAAAAUAAGGCAAUUUCGGGUUUUGGAACGGGGAGUCGACCCCAGCGACAGCGCAUCGAAGACAUGUCAAUGAAACCCCUCGUCCUCGUUGGUGCGUUGAUUUUCGACCAGGGAGGCAGGUGCUGCCCAAACGCUGAGUGUUCAUGUAGUUCUGAACACAGUGGGUCAAACUAUAACUUGCACAACUGUAAUCAAAGCACUUGCGGCGCCGUGUGCAAGGAAGAACUAAAAAUAUGUGAUGAACUGAAGUGUGUUAUCAAUCCUUCAGAUUCAAUAGGUGAUAUCACAGAGAAUAUUGGUCGUUGGGAAGCCGCUAGUUUUAACCGACUCCAGCUGGAACUUGCAAUGGUAGAUAUCACGUCCCUAAUCUCCGGUAUUCUCGAGCUUAACGACCACCCACUAACAAUGAUGAACCACUUGCACCUCCCAAAAUCGACGUCUGAGAGGGUGUCGUUAACUCUUCAGAAGCUUGCUUGUGGUUUGUGCCACCACUGCGGCGAACACGAACGUGGAGUUACCACUGACGUGGAAGCCUCUGGUUCCCACCGUUGCCCAGAGAUAACGACUAUCGCAGACAGGAUAAACUUCUGCCGACACCUAGCUCACACUGCGGCCAGCUAUAUUAAAGGAAACAUAAUCCUCGUGUUGGAUGAUCAUUCUUCCCUGGUGGAAAGCGCUAAUGAAGUGGUUGUGGACGAAGUAGGGGAUAUUACAACGGGGACGAAACUGAACUCGGUUGAUUGUGAAAAAGAUUACCAAGUCGCUCGUCACAUGAGUUGCUGCACCGCUGAGAUGAUACAGUUUUCGGUGUCUGUCAAACUCUCGAAGGACGUGGAACACUUUCUCGACUGCGUAAUCGCCGCGAUGACACGGGUGUCUGAGGAAGCUGAAUCCUCAGUUUUUACGUUACCAACUCUUCUGGAAUUGAGGGAGAGGGUGGUGCAGGAGGAGUUUAUCCCGGUGGGUGAAGGUGCCGGGCAGCUGAAUGCAGAUGCUGUCAAUGAGGGAGUGAAUUGUGCAGAAAAAUAUCCUGCCGAGGCAGUUGCAGCCGCGGAGGGGAAUCUGGAAGGUGGUAGUGUGGAAACGGACAGUGAGUGCCGCGCCGCCAACCAGCUAGACUUCGACUCCUCGCGCCAAUUGUGUGAAGUUGAAGAACGAUGUGACGCAGAAUAUCGGUACCGCGGGCCAAUACGCUGCUUUCCUCGUAUAUUUUCAAUGGAUGCACAACAGGAACUCUUGUUCUGGAAAAACGUGCGCAAACAUCGUUUGUAUCUUGCAAGGCGCGCACCCGCCAUGAAUUCUGUGAAUAUUUACUACGAUUGUAUGCCCUACGAUCCACAUCGGCACUCGCUGCAUCACGAUCUCCGCCGCAAUAAGGAUGAACUUUUUGCAGGAUGGGUGGGUGAAGCUGAGGAGGGUGUAGACGACGCGGUGAUUACAAAAAAGGAACUGCAAAGCAGUGCCAUGUUUCUUGAGUGGCUGGAAGAUGUUGCGGAGCAAUCUUCACUAAACAAGGAAUGCCAACGAAUAGUCCGCGAGUCGGGAAUCGGCUACAUCUCGCGUGAUCCGCUGCUUCCUCUACAGCAUUACUUAUCGUUCGUUAAAGUUUUUUCCGCUGCGGCGACAGUGCGAAGCAUCAUUGAAAGUGGCGCCAGCAAUGACAAAGGAGCAACUUCGGAGAACCCUGGCCUAUUCAUUGUGGUUGGCACGGAGUGCGAUGUGCGUGACGGUGGACGGCUUUUAGUGCCGUGGUGGAUGGAUCCCCUAGCACUGCUAGCGCUCUUGCAGUGCGACGACGCACAGGAAACACGCUGCCUCAAUGGAGGUGCCGCUGCGUCGCCAUCAGCAGCACAAACGCCAUGA